CACGGCCUGAGUGACCAGACCAUGGAGACCCUGCUUGGUGGCCUGCUGGCGUUUGGCAUGGCGUUUGCCGUGGUCGACGCCUGCCCCAAGUACUGUGUCUGCCAGAACCUGUCUGAGUCACUGGGGACCCUCUGCCCUUCCAAGGGGUUGCUCUUCGUGCCCCCUGACAUCGACCGGCGGACGGUGGAGCUGCGUCUGGGUGGCAACUUCAUCAUCCACAUCGGCCGCCGGGACUUCGCCAACAUGACGGGGCUGGUGGACCUGACCCUGUCCAGGAACACCAUCAGCCACAUCCAGCCCUUCUCCUUCCUGGACCUCGAGAGCCUCCGCUCCCUGCACCUGGACAGCAACCGGCUGCCCAGCCUCGGGGAGGACACCCUGCGGGGCCUGGUCAACCUGCAGCACCUCAUCGUCAACAACAACCAGCUGGGCGGCAUCGCCGAUGAGGCCUUCGAGGACUUCCUGCUGACACUGGAGGACCUGGACCUCUCCUACAACAACCUGCACGGCCUGCCCUGGGGCUCCGUGCGGCGCAUGGUCAACCUGCACCAGCUGAGCCUGGACCACAACCUGCUGGACCACAUUGCCGAGGGGACAUUCGCUGACCUGCAGAAACUGGCUCGCCUCGACCUCACCUCCAACCGGCUGCAAAAGUUGCCCCCGGACCCCAUCUUCGCCCGCUCCCAAGCCUCCGCCCUGACUGCCACGCCUUUUGCUCCACCCUUGUCCUUUAGUUUUGGGGGGAACCCGCUCCACUGCAACUGUGAGCUGCUCUGGCUGCGGAGGCUCCAGCGGGACGACGACCUGGAGACCUGCGGCUCCCCCAGCGGCCUCAAGGGCCGCUACUUCUGGCACGUGCGAGAAGAGGAGUUUGUGUGCGAGCCGCCUCUCAUCACCCAGCACACGCACAGGCUGCUGGUUCUGGAGGGCCAGGCGGCCACGCUCAAGUGCAAGGCCAUCGGGGACCCCGGCCCCCUCAUCCACUGGGUGGCCCCUGACGACCGCCUGGUGGGGAACUCCUCAAGGACCGCCGUGUACGACAACGGCACCCUGGACAUCCUCAUCACCACGUCCCAGGACAGCGGCGCCUUCACCUGCAUCGCCGCCAACGCCGCCGGGGAGGCCACGGCCAUGGUGGAGGUGUCCAUCGUCCAGCUGCCACAUGUCAGCAACAGCACCAGCCGCACGGCGCCCCCCAAGUCCCGCCUCUCGGACAUCACUGGCUCCAGCAAGACCAGCCGGGGAGGGGGAGGCAGUGGGGGCGGGGAGCCGCCCAAAAGCCCCCCGGAGCGGGCUGUGCUCGUGUCUGAUGUGACUACCACCUCGGCCCUGGUCAAGUGGUCGGUCAGCAAGUCGGCGCCCCGCGUGAAGAUGUACCAGCUGCAGUACAACUGCUCCGACGAUGAGGUACUGAUUUACAGGAUGAUCCCAGCCUCCAACAAGGCCUUCGUGGUCAACAACCUGGUGUCAGGAACCGGCUACGACCUGUGCGUGCUGGCCAUGUGGGACGACACGGCCACGACGCUCACAGCCACCAACAUCGUGGGCUGCGCCCAGUUCUUCACCAAGGCUGACUACCCACAGUGCCAGUCGAUGCACAGCCAGAUCCUGGGUGGCACCAUGAUCCUGGUCAUCGGCGGCAUCAUCGUGGCCACACUCCUGGUCUUCAUCAUCAUCCUCAUGGUGCGCUACAAGGUCUGCAACCAGGAGGCCCCGGGCAAGCUGGCAGCUGCCGCGGUCAGCAACGUGCACUCGCAGACCAACGGGGCCCCGCCGCCCCCUCUGGCCAGCGCGCCCAGCGGGGCACCCGUGCCGGGGCCGCCCAAGGUGGUGGUGCGCAACGAGCUCGUGCACUUCAGUGCCAGCCUGGCCCGAGGCAGCGACUCCUCUUCCUCCAGCUCCCUGGGCAGUGGGGAGGCCGCAGGGUUGGGACGGGGCCCCUGGAGGCUCCCCCCGCCUGCUCCCCGCCCCAAGCCCAACCUUGACCGCCUGAUGGGGGCCUUUGCCUCCCUGGACCUCAAGAGUCAGAGAAAGGAGGAGCUGCUGGACUCCAGGACUCCGGGCGGGAGAGGGUCUGGGACAUCGGCCAGGGGCCAUCACUCGGACCGAGAGCCGCUGCUGGGGCCGCCUGCGGCCCGGGCCAGGAGCCUGCUCCCCUUGCCCCUGGAGGGCAAGGCUAAGCGCAGCCACUCCUUCGACAUGGGGGACUUUGCCGCUGCGGCUGCGGCAGCCGGAGGGGUCGCCCCGGGUGGCUACAGCCCCCCUCGGAGGGUCUCGAACAUCUGGACAAAGCGCAGCCUCUCUGUCAACGGCAUGCUCUUGCCCUUUGAGGAGAGUGACCUGGUGGGGGCCCGGGGAACAUUUGGCAGCUCCGAGUGGGUGAUGGAGAGCACGGUGUAGGCCCGUGGGGCGGGAGGUGGGGGGGGGGGGAGGCUCCUCCUCUCACCCUUGCAGGGUGGAUAAAGGGGAAAGAAUCUAUACUGGCAAGUCUUUGUGGAGUUUCCAUGGUGAUGUUUACAUCCAGGGACAGUCUCGUCUCCCUGUCAACGCCCCCCCCCCCCCCCCCCCCCCCUUCCGGGCCUGUCCCCCCCCCCCCACCCACCCAGCCGGGGUGUGCUCAGGGAAAGCGGACUCAAUCGCUAAAAUGUCGGACUGAGCCCUGAGUGUUUGGAAAGGCGGACUCCCUCCUUUCUAAUCACGAAUGUAGCGUGUAAGCAAGCGGCUUUGGAUUGCUUAUGGCUCCAGUGUUGUUUUUAUUCCUCAACUUAUUUUUCCCACUUCCCAGACUCCUCCUCUUCAUUCACACAGAUCACGGAGAAUUUACUCUUCGUGCGAGAGCGGGUUCCCAGCAGCCCCGGUAGUGGGAGAUUAUCUACUGUCAGUUGACAAGAGAAGGGAGCGAUUCUGGUCCCACACUUGUUUGGAAGGAAGACUAGGGCAUCCCCUGCCCAGACUCCUUGUUAUUCCCAACCACCUGAGCACUGGGGAGGGAUGGGCCCUCACCGCCAUGCCUGACCCAGCUUCCUCUGCUAAACAUGAUGCCCCACAGCCAUCACAUCAGCUUAAGCCAGAAGGUUAACUUCCAGGACUUAUGUGUGGGAAAGGGAGAAGGGCUUUAUGAGGCCUAAGGCCAUAAAGGAUGUUAACCUUUGGAAUUGCUUUAGGAUUUUUACCUCUUUCAGGGGAAGCUGGGACAGAAAGUCCCCAUGAGCCUGUGACAGGCCAAGAGGGUUUCUGAGGAAAGCAGAGUGGGAUGGCCAAAGGAGCAUUGGACUUGGAGUCCAGUGCUCUCCAUUCGGGUUCUGGAGCCACCACCGGAGAACCAGCUGAUCAUACUGGGCAAGACCCUUUUUCUCUUUGGACCUCAGUCUCCUAAUUUGCAAAAUACUGGAUUGUACCAGCUCUUGGGAUUCCCUUUAAGUUCUAAGGACAAAUGAACUCUUCCAUGCCUCUAGACGUUAUGGUUUCCAGAUCAGCAGUACCAACAGCACAAGCUGGUAGAGCAUCGCUAUGCUUCCUCCUGGACACAGAGGAAGUCUUCUAGAGGUUUUGGAGGGGGAGAAUCUGAAUCUUUUUAGGAUGGUAGGGUUUUGAAGUUUGAAGAGGUGUUUGCAAACAUCUCAUCCUUAGCCCUCUCUCCCUUUCCCCCAGAGCAUAAAGGACUCGCCCAAGGUCACACAGUGAGUUAGUGACCAAGCCAGGGCAGGUGCCAAGGCCACUUCCUGGGGUGGUGUUUGGGAUUCAUUAUGCUGUCUACACCCUGGCUCAGGCAUUUCUGUGUCCAGAGUCCAUCCCUUGUCUGUCCCUGAGGAAGGUGGCUCAGGGUGGCACGUGGGGGGACGCCUUUCCUGGAUGACAUCCUUGAGGAGGAUCCAUCUGUGGAAAUGACAUAUGGCGAUGGGAAGGGUACAUGGGCUCCUUUCCACAAGGGGCAUUAACCUCCACACCCCAGACCAUGUCAAGAGGGGGCAGAGGACAUAUGGCCACGGAGAUACUGCAUGAGAAGCAUCUCGAGGGCUUUCUCCUACAUCUCUGUCUCUCCUGCUCUCCAUCUUUCAGGUCUCUCCUCAUUGCCAACAUACUACCUCUCCCUCGGUCUCCCCAACCCAUCCUUUGCUCUUCUGAGUCUCUGCCAUUGAUCUUUAGCCUCUCUUUUAUUCUUCUCCCUUCUUCCACUUGCCAACCACACCACAUACAACAUCCAGGUGAGUCCCCUUCUGCUGAAGGGUUCUAAUAGGCUCAGACCCAGAGCUGAGCUGGCGGCCCCCAAACCCACCCGGAACACACAAGGAGCUGGUGGGGAACUGUCUAUGCAGGAUUGCCUUCUGGCUCCAGCCCAGGAGCCUCCAAAUCCCUUGUCUUUGUCCUUCUCCACUGACUCAGAUCCCUCCUGCCUCCUCUCUCCUCCCUUCUACUCUCCUGUCUUCAUACUUGUCCUUCCUGUGACUCUCUGCCUUCCCCAGUCCCUUUCUGGUCCUGACAAAGUCAUUAACAGACCAGGCCAGUCUCUUCCCGAGACAAGUUAAUUUUCCAGGCCAGUCCCGGGGCCAGAGCACAUGUCUUCCCCCAUCACGGUGGCAACCACAAAAUUGGGUGACUAGAAAGGAAAUCUCUCCUUCCCUUCCUCUUCCCCUGCCCGAGUUUUUCUUCUCUCCUUUUUCUCUCUGAACCUUUCUUCUUCAGUCUUUCUAAAUGUAGCCAUUGAAGAAUUGAGCCCAAAUACCACCUUUCUUUUUGCCUUUGGGUUCAGACACCCAGAGGGAAAAUGGUGGACACCGGAAGAGGAGGAACCAACUGUCUACUCCUGUCAGUGACCCCAAGCUCUGUCGUGACAUGAUAUGUACUUGCACUUCUGUUUGUCAUGUUUCUGACUGGGGCUUUUGGAAAGCAACAUCCCUGUGGUCAGAAUAUAAAUGCCAACUUUCUUUGCUUAAAAAAAAUGUACAGUAAAAUGUACAGUCUAAAAAAACAAAACCAACCACACUUCUUGGGAGAGAGAAAAAAAAAAAGAACAUUCUCAUA